UGUGCGAACUAUGGUCUUAAACACGUCGCCGCACAAGGACAAGGCCGAUUCAGCGAAGCAACAAUCCACUUCAUCGAAAGAAACUUCUAUGUCGAUGAUGGCUUGAUAAGUGUCUCAACGCCAGAAGAAGCCAUAAAGUUGGUUGCUGAAAUCAGACAGCUCUGCAGCUCUGGAAGGUUGCGCAUCCACAAGUUUGUUUCUAAUUGCCAAGAGGUGCUUGCAUCCCUCCCAAAGGAAGAGUGUGCAGAUUCGUCGAAUGGUCAAGACUUGGCUCUGGGUGAACCCCAGAUGGAGAGAGCGCUAGGCGUGAAAUGGUGCGUCACGUCAGACCACUUCAGUUUUAGAGUGGUGGUGGACGAACGCCCACUCUCAAGAAGAGGAGUGUUGUCAACUGUGGCCUCCAUCUUUGACCCCUUGGGCUUUGUCGCUCCCUUUAUUCUGAUCGGGAAGCAAAUACUUCAGCAGAUGUGCCGCGACAAGGUUGGAUGGGAUGAUCCGCUGCCAGACGAUCUGAGACCACGGUGGGAGUCUUGGCUCCUGGACCUAAAAAACCUGGCAGACUUAAAGAUUCAGCGAUGUUAUCUCCCAUCAGAGUUCAAGCAAGUCCAAAGGUAUGAACUCCAUUACUUCUCCGAUGCGAGUGUCCUGGGGUAUGGAGAAUGUACUUACCUUCGGGUAAUUAGCGAAACAGGACAAAUCCACUGCUCCUUAGUGAUGGGCAAAGCCAGAGUGGCCCCCACUAAGGUCACAACUGUGCCAAGACUUGAGCUAUCGGCAGCAGUCGUAGCUGUACGCAUGAGUGACAUGCUAAGAAAGGAGCUAGAAAUAGUUGCUCAAGAAGUUUUUUGGACGGACUCGAAGGUCGUCCUUGGAUACGUGAACAAUGAUGCAAGAAGAUUCCACGUGUUUGUGGCAAAUCGCAUCCAGCGGAUUAAAGACAGCACCAGACCAGAUCAGUGGAGACAUGUGAGUUCAGUAGACAAUCCCGCCGAUCAUGCAUCGAGAGGCCUGCGGGCAAAGGAGCUCAUUGCUUCCAACUGGUUCUCUGGUCCUGAUUUUCUCUGGGGUGAAGAACUUCCCAGUGGGAAUGUUGAGGUGGAAAAUUUAGCAGCAGAAGACCCUGAAGUACGCAAUGUCUUUGUACACAAGGCUUCAGCUACAGAAGUUUCACUGCUGGAUCGAUUCCUUAAGUUCUCCUGCUGGACAAGAUUGGUCAAGGCCAUUGCUCGUCUCACGCGACUUGCCAAGGAGCUGAAAGGUUCACUCCCAAGAACGAAUGAAGCCACAAGUCUGGUGGAAAGGAGUAAUGCUGAGGCUACCAUCAUAGGUCUUGUUCAGAGAGAAGCUUUCACAGAAGAAAUCCAAACCCUCCAACAUGGGAAGGAGCUCGUUAAGACCAGUAAGUUAUACAAACUGAACCCUUUCCUUGACAAACAAGGAAUCCUCAGGGUGGGAGGUCGGCUGACGCAUGCUGAUUUGCACUAUAACAUCAAGCAUCCCGUCGUUUUACCUGCCAAAGGUCACGUAACAAGACUGCUCAUACAGUAUUAUCAUCAACAAGUGCAACAUCAAGGACGUGGCAUAACAGUCAACGAGCUACGAGCUAACGGAUUUUGGAUACUCGGAUGCAGUCAUGCUGUGUCAUCCUGCAUUAACAAGUGCUUCAAGUGCAGAAGGUUUAGACGUUCUACAGAGAAUCAACAAAUGGCAGACUUGCCGCACGACCGUAUGGAAGAAACACCUCCUUUUACUUAUUGCGGAAUAGACUGCUUCGGACCGUUCUAUGUCAAGGAUGGAAGGAAGGAGUCGAAGCGCUACGGCCUGUUAUUCACAUGCUUAUGCUCUCGUGCAGUUCACAUAGAGCUCCUAGAAGAGAUGACCACAGACUUUUUCAUCAUCGCUCUCCGUGCCUUCGUAGCCAUACGUGGCAAUGUUCGACAACUCCGCUGCGAUCAAGGCACCAAUUUCGUCGGUGCCAGGCGUGAGUUCGUAGAGGCCUUGAAGGAGAUGGAUCAAGAACGCCUGAAGAUACUGGGCUGUGAGUUUGUCAUGAAUCCGCCAUCAGCAAGCCACAUGGGCGGUGCCUGGGAAAGGCAGAUUCGGACAAUAAGAAGUGUGCUGACGUCUAUCCUGGAUCAGUCCUCCAAUCGACUCGAUACUUCUUCACUGAGGACUUACUUCUAUGAAGUAAUGGCAAUCAUUAACAGUCGACCAUUAACAGCUCACUUACUGAACGAUCCUACGGGACCACAGCCUCUUUCACCUAAUCAUAUACUGACAAUUAAGUCCUCUAUCAUUCUUCCACCACCUGGGAAGUUUGAAAGAGAAGACCUCUAUCUUCGGAAGAGGUGGCGCAAGGUUCAAUACUUAGCCAACGAGUUUUGGUCCAGAUGGUGCAAGGAGUAUCUGUUGAGCUUACAACCGCGUCAGAAAUGGCAACGAAAGCGCAGAAGCGCUCAGGUCAAUGAUAUAGUGAUCGUCCAAGAUGACACUGCCCCAAGAACAGAAUGGAAGUUGGCAAAGGUCACAAAGGUCUAUCCUGCAGAAGACGGUUGCGUAAGGAAAGUGCAACUGCUGAUCAGUGACUCAACUUUGGAUAAAAAGGGAAAACGCGUUGGGAAGCCAGUCUACUUGGAGAGACCUAUCCAUAAGACGGUGACCUUGAUUGAAGCCGAGUGAUGCUGCCACAUUUUUCUUGCAAUGUGUCUUAUCAUCCAGCGUUAACUUAGUUUGUAGGUUUGUGUAAAAUCACAAGUGAUUUGGUGGGAGUGUAGCUGCCAUCGAAGUCAGAAUAAAUAAAUAAUAGAUUAGUAAAUAUUGGGUUAAAAAUAUAGAGUUCAUAAAUACAUACAUUUCUAGCAAAAAUAGUUUAAUAUGAAAGUUUUAAUUUCCGGUAUUUCAUGUAUAUUAUUUGUUGUGAUAUGGGGGAACCAAAGUUUGCUGCUGCGUGUUGACGGGGUGUUAACUUUUGAGUGUUGCUACCUGUUUAUUAAGAACAUUCUGGAUCGAGCUACAAGGCAGACACCUCGUUGAUUCCUCUGGCUGGACUUCAAUAAUAAUUAAAGAAGACUGAAUAACAUGCAAAGUGCAUUGAAGGACAGAAGAUUUUAAUUUUCUCUCAAGCAAAGCGGCCAAUGAGUUCUCACGGCACACUAUCAUGCUCCGUGUGAUUAAAGCCCGUAACUUUCAAGAACGACUUGGUUUCGUGAUUUGGACUUGAGGGGGAAUUACA